CGAGGCCGCCGAGACCUGCAAACAAGAUCCAUUAGGUAGACUGUCCGAACAUCCGCUCCCUAGCGGCAGAGCGCAGGCUGAAUCCGAUGUUGAAUUCGAUGCGGCAGAUUGCAGAGCUGUUCUGACGCCCCGCAGACCCGGAUCUGUGACCGCCGCCACCCCUGCUCCCCACGCCGUUCUCUGAAGUCCGUUCCCAUCCCCAGCUCCUACUGAGGAAAGAGGCAGGCAGAGCUCCCCGCCCCAGCACACCUGUGGAUUCGGCUUUUCUGAAAAAGUCCCGAACCUGCUGUUAGAUUCAGAUCCCCUCUCGCCACCGCUCAGUCAUGGCUAGCAUCCUUGCGCAUAUGGGUAGCAGCCGGCGGCAGAACGCGCCCUUGCCGCCUUGGGCCCAUUCCAUGCUGAGGUCCCUAGGACGGAGUCUCGGUCCUUUAAUGGCCAGUAUGGCCGAGAAAAACAUGAAGUUGUUUUCGGGGAGGGCGGUGCCAGGCCAGGGGGAGGAAACCUUCGAAAACUGGCUGAUCCAAGUUAAUGGGAUCCUGCCAGAUUGGGAUAUGUCUGAGGAGGAGAAACUCAAGCGCUUGACGAAAACCCUUAGGGGCCCUGCCCGGGAGGUGAUGCGCCUGCUACAGGCAGCCAAUCCAAACCUCAGCGUAGCAGAUUUCUUGCGGGCCAUGAAAUUGGUGUUUGGGGAAUCUGAAAGCAGCGUGACCGCCCAUGGCAAAUUUUUUAACACCUUGCAGGCGCAGGGGGAGAAAGCCUCUCUUUACGUGAUCCGUUUAGAGGUGCAACUGCAAAAUGCCAUUCAGGCUGGCAUCCUAGCUCAGAAAGAUGCCAACCAGAUGCGUCUGCACCAGCUCCUGGCCGGAGCGGAGCUGAAUAGGAACCUACGAUUCAGGCUUAAGGGGCUUCUCAGGACGUAUGCAAAUGAGCAGGAGCAUCUGCCCAAUUUCUUAGAGCUAAUCAGGAUGAUAAGAGAGGAGGAGGACUGGGAUGACACUUUCAUUAGACGAAAGCGUCCCAAAAGAUCUGAAUCAAUGGUGGAGAGGGCAGCCAGCCCUGUGGCUUUUCAGGGCUCCUCCCCCAUCGUGAUCGGCAGUGCUGCCUGCAACGUGAUAGAGAUAGACGACUCGCUGGAUGACUCCGAUGAGGAUGUGAUCCUAGUGGAAACUUCGGACCCUCCCCUCAGAGGCAGGGCCAGAUCUCAGGAUCAGGUGGUGGUCAUUGAUCCCCCGCACACCUCGGGGCUUCAGUUUCCUUCCACUAGCAUUGGCUCUGGGCGUAGGAAUAGCGGUCCUGGAGACCUGCGUAGAACCAGAAAGCGCAAAUGCACCGUUCGCUGUGCUUAUUGUGGGGAGGAGGGCCACUCAAAAGAAACCUGUGACAAUGAGAGCAGCAAGGCCCAGGUUUUUGAGAAUCUGAUCAUCACCCUGCAGGAGCUGACGCAAACAGACAUGGAAGGGUCAGGAGAGUCACUGGAUGAAUACAAUGACCUUUCUGAGCCACUGUAAGCUGCUAGCCUCCCCUAAGUCCCACCCCCUACGCCUUAAAUGAACCUUUACCUAAACCUACGGUCCAAUGAUUGGCAAACUGGAUGAAGGGAAGUUCCAAUUGCAUGAAAUAAACCCGCAGAGUGACUUGACUUUGAGGUGGAGGAGAGAAAGAGUCUGCACACCUGCAGAAUGGAAGGGGCUGGCCUGACCUCUGUUCUUUGUCCCUCUCCCGGCUCUGCUUAUGAGUCUAUAUUUUUCUUUGUGUGCAUAUUUCCUUGAUGGCUUUCUUCUCUUUGUGAAAGUGAUAUAAUUCAUUGUUAAAUCUUCAAGUAAUAGAGAAAAGUGCAAAAGGUACAAAUGACCCCAAACUCCAUAUCCUUACAUAACUAUUGUCAACCCUUCGGUGUAAGCCCUUUCUAGAUGUUUCCCUAUAUCUAUGCACCCAGUUAGAUAUAGAGACAGUUGUGAUAAAAUAUAAGUGUUGUUAUAUACUCUGUAUUUUUUCACCAAAUGAAAUAUGUUGUGACCUUCUUUCUAUGCCAAUAAAUAAAUAUAUAUCAGCAUCUA